CACUGCAAACAUGGCGGCACAGUGAAAGUCUUUCAAAGUGUUUCUUAUCUUUUAUCAACAUUUUCACGAUAGAAAAGACUUCAAAAACUCUUUUGAUUAGGCGGAUAGUUUGUUAAGAUAAAGAUGAGUUUCAUUCCAGCUGGUUUUGAGGAUUCUGACGACGAUGACUUUGAUUUUGACGAAAGCGAUUUUUCCGAGUUCACCCGCAAGCAAACCCGCAUUGAAACUGAAAAACCUCUUCAAAGAAACCAAAACCACACAGCUGGUCCUUCAGCAGUGCAGCCUUCAGUAGGGAGGGGAAGAGGUGUAUUCCGUGAGUCUGGACAGCAUACGAGGUCCAGAGGCGGUUUUGGUAUGCCACCAUCUGCGUCAACUGCACGACAACACACAAGUCCAAGCUCUCACUUUCCAAAGACUAGUCAUAAAAGCCCAAUAAAACCAAGAGAUUCGGGUCCAAAUCCUAUACUACUGGAUGACAUGAAAAAUGCAGCUGUCAAAGGCAACAAGGUUGGAGUAGUGAAGCUUUUGGAUCAAGGUAUUGGUGUGGAUACCAUUCUGCGGUCAGGAUGGACAGCAUUGUUACAUGCUGCAAAUGCAGGCGCAGAUGAUGUUGUGGAGUUGUUGCUGAAGAAAGGUGCAAAUGCCAACUUCCAGAAAGAUAUGUAUACAGUAUUAAUGGCGGCAUGUGAUGCAGACUCAGUUGCUGAUGAAGAUAAAGUUUUGCAUUGUGUUGAGAUGUUACUUGAGCAUGGAGCCAAGAUUGGUUUUUAUGACAGACACAGGAUGUCACCUCUGAUGUACGCAGCUCGUCAAGGAAGAGUCGCUGUUUGUGAGAGACUUUUAGAGAAAGGGGCUCAAAUAAACAAGACAGAUGGCCGAGGAUGGACAGCAUUAUCAUGGGCAGCAAGUAGAGGGCAUGGUAGACUGAUACGAGUUUUACUAGACCACAAGGCUGAUCCUAAGCUAUAUUCACUAGACGGCCAGGCACCAAGUGACAUUGCGUAUUCAAGUGGAUACCCUAUUAUUGCAGGUAUACUAGAGGCUACAGCAUCUGGUACUCUUGGAGCAAGAGCUGAAUUGAUGUUGUUGAGUGGAGAAGCUGAUAAAGCAACAGAUGCAAGUGCAUCCCUAGAGACUUAUGGUGGAUUAGAAGUACUUUUGUGUGGCAUUGAGUUAGGACACCUGGUUCCAAAAUUUAAGGAACAUAAAAUCACUUUUGAAAGCUUUGCAAAAAUGACAGAAAAAGAUCUUGACCAAUUAGAGAUAACACAAGUAGGAGUUCGACAAAAGAUUCUAGAUGCCAUACGAGACAUCCAUGUGAAAGAAUGGGACACAUCCUCUCUCCAACAACAGAAAAACCUGUUGAGUGCUCCAGAGGUAACAUCAGUCAUAGCAAACAUCAACAAACACUUGACAGUUAUCCAUAGUAGUAUAGUGUAUGCAACAAAACAACUGGAUGAGGUUGUUAAUCCUACAGAGUUUGUCCAGGAUGUAUCGGAAGUGGAAGGUCUGUCAUUCUUUGCCAAAGAAGCACUCAAGACCUCAGAAGACCUUCAUGAAGAUAUAUUGGGCUUACAAAGAAAGUGUACAGAGUUAAUGUCGCAAACAGGACACCUCUCAGCAGACCUCAUUUCUUCUGAACCACACCCACCAGCCUCAACAUCAAAAGGAGGGUUAAUCGUCAUUGGAAUUGCUGCAGUGACGUUAGGAAUAAUUUAUGCCAAGAAGAGUGGUAUGCUAACAUGACCCCUCCCUUCCUUCUGGCUUUGAUUGACAGGUGAUGUAAUGAUAUAAUGAUAGCAAUUGAUUAUCGUUAAGAAGAUACAGAAAUGUGGCUGCUUCUGCUUUAUAUUGAAGGACGCCUGCAAAGGAGGCUGCUUCUACUAUACCUUCCUUUACAGGCGCCUUUAGGACGGCCCCAGAAGGACGUCUGAAAAGGAGGCUACUUCUGCUCGUUAGCAGGAAUCUGUUACGUUAAAAGUAUAGAAAAAUAUAGCUCUUUAGCUUGGAUAUGAUAUUUCUCAUUUGAGACCUUAAUGUCAUCCCCAGAGUAUCAUUUCUUUGUUUAACGGCUGCACAUAAGAAGACACAUGAAUAUGGAUACAACUCAAACAAAGAAUUUUAUCCUCAAGAGAAUGACACGUGGUCAGAAAUGGGAAAACAUUACGCCAAAGAUAAAGAGGUCUAUUUGCUUUGCAUCCUUUGCUUCCUCUUUACCUUUUCAGCCCCUUCCACAAGUGAAUACACAAAUAUUUCGACUAUUAUCUAUUUAAAGGAACGAAUAUCUAGCAGUAACCGAUAUCGGUCAAUCCUCGUUAAGUUUAUUAAUGUACAUUUGAUAAAUAAAUUCCUUUCUCUCGCA